AGUACGUGAUGAUUCAUCACAGACCUGCUGGAUAAAAACACUCAAAAUGUCUGGAUUUCAGCCCUAAUUUCACGAAUGUGAUGGCGUGGCAACUAAACAAGGGUCUUGCGACCCGUUGGUGUCUCCAAAUACUGUGUGUCCUAGCCCUGAUCAGUUUUGGGGGGAGUCAGAAAAGUGUCGCUCCAAGUCCGGAAUCCCCGAGCCAGGCAAAAUGCAGUGGAAGAUUUCUGAUGCUGGUUAGUACCUUGGAUGGCCAGUUGGCGUCGCUCGACAUUGAAAAGAAGGGGAGUCUUCAAUGGACGACAGAGACUGGCACCACACCGCUUCUGUCGUCUAGCAUCAGCAAAUUAGAGAUCGUAAAAAAUGGCCGCCCUUUCCGUCUGAUCCCUUCCCUUGAUGGCGGCUUGUAUCAAUUCGAUGGCGAUAAUGUUGAGCCGUUGCCGUUCACGGCGGACACGCUGCUGACGUCAUCGAGCAAGUUGACGGAAGAAUCCGUGAUUGUCGGAGGCCGAGAGUCGAUGACUUACGGCGUGGAUAUCAAAACUGGAGAGGUGCGCUAUCUCUGCCAGUCAUCGGGAUGCAACCAGUAUACGGACGGCGCACACAAGAUGUCCGAUGACAUCAUCAUGAUUAAGCGGAAUACGCAGACUGUCCGUGCCGUCGAGAUGAGGUCCGGAUACGAAAAGUGGAACUUUAGUGUUGGUCAGCAUGAACUCACAUUCCUCGAAGGGGAGGAAGACGCGACUAUCUCUUCCUGUCCCACGGAGGAUGGGGGCGCCAACUCUCUUGACGCCAAGCUGAAGGUGUUUGUGCCAAAUGGAAUGGUGGUCGCUGUGGAUGAAAAAGACCCUACUAACAUUCUGUGGAAAUACCAGUUUGGUGUUCCAAUUGCAAAAGCUUGGACACUCCGUCAUGGCGUCUUGGAAGAAGUCAGUCUCUUCGAUUACAAAAACGUACCCGCAUUAGCGCCGAGUCCCAGCGAAGCGAAACAGGAGAAUAGCGCUGCGCCGAAACCGAUGCUGUACCUCGGCUUCCAUCACAGCCAGAUGUACGUGCAGCCGUCGAUGACCUUGACCGACGACAUCGCUAUUGCGAUCGAUAAAAUGACGAAGUCUCCGGGAACGGAUGUUCUCACCAUGCCAAAGGUUCGAUGGAAGCCUUACAUUGCCACAGCGAGUUCUCGCACUCCGAUCAUACAUUCCAUGGUACCCCUCCUCGACUAUGAUGGUCGGAAACCAGUCCACACCUACCCAGGGACGCCCCCUAUGGAGAAAGAUGAACACGGCGUCAUCAUUGCCAAGAACGAUUUUGAUUAUCCGUAUGAUAACGGAUUUUACAUCUUCGGCCACGACAACCCAAUCAGCCUGCCUGACGCCACGGACGAGCCGGAAACUAUAUAUCAGUACAUCACGGUCAUCAACGGAUCUCUCUGGCACUGGUGGAAAGAGGUAAUUGUAAUCAGCCUCACCACUUCCGUAUUCCUCCACAUCUUUAUAAACCGCUACCUCCACCGCGGCAUGCAGGCGGGAAGCUACGACGACUCGGGGAAAAGUUCCGAUAGCGGCGUGGGCGUAUCGCAAAGAAACAGCAUCGAGUUUGAAAACGAGGCCCAACUGACCAGGAAAGCUCAAUCUAGUCCAGAUCUUAGCCAUUCGGUGGAAUUUAGUUCGAGAUAUCACAACGACUUUGAACACCUCAAGUGCCUUGGAAAGGGUGGUUUCGGUGUCGUGUUUGAGGCAAGAAACAAGAUUGACGAGUGUAGCUAUGCCGUCAAACGCAUCUGCGUAAAAAAUAGUGAGGAGGCAAAAGAAAAAGUGAUGCGCGAGGCGCGUGCCCUUGCCAAACUGGACCACGUGGGCAUCGUACGAUAUUACCAGGUGUGGAUAGAAACGCCCCCGUCUGGCUGGCAGGAACAACGAGACUGUGAUUUAGUAUCGUGUGGCGAAGUGUUGAGCACAACUGCAGCUGGCUCGCCGACGUCCAUAACUGCAUUCACGACUCGGAACACCGAACGGCUCAGCCCUGUGAGAGAAGUCCAUGAGAAUAACAGGAAAAAUAAACAACUCAGUCCUUCGCAGCUCAAUCCGUUAAGACUUGAUGACUCUUUAGCUGAUUCCUUUACUAACAGUGAUAUAAACCAGAGUCUUGGAUUUAGUCCGCAUUUCAGAAAAGACUUGGAAAAAGACGAGAGCGGUUCGUUUAGUUUAGGUGUUGGGACGCCUGCGCGUUUGGAACCUUUGUUCCCCGAUGAGGACUCGGGUGGCGUCGUGUUCAAAAAUUCGGACAGCGAGGAUAAUUCCGGUGUUAAAAAAGUGCCAUUUGAAACGUAUCGCGACUCGAGCGUGAGCGAUAUCUCAUUCGAGAAUACAAACAGUUCGUUUAAUAUUGUUUUUGAGGAUUCAGGGUGUGCGGAUAAAAGUGGGAAUGCCAAUGACGACAUACUGAUGCCGGAAGAUUUGUCGAUUAGCGGGACAAGUUCCUUGAAUGACGUCGUCGUGCAGGGGUACAGGUCGCCCACUGAUUGGUCGAGUUCGGUGUCUAAAAACACGCCCUUGUUGGGCAAAUCAAAAAGUGAUGCAUGCAUUCUUAAGUCCACACCAGAAAACAUUCCAGGUUUGAAACAGUCGAAAAUAGCUGAGGGGUCCACUCUCGGUAAUGUCUGCUCAGUCAACGAAAAAUUGCCCAAAAUUUACUUGUACAUUCAAAUGCAGUUGUGCCGAUGUGACACGUUAAAGGAAUGGUUGAACGCCAAUACGUUGCGUAGGAAUACGAUAGAGUUGCUGGACUUCUUUCAUCAGAUUGUGAACGCGGUCGAUUAUGUUCACGAUUCUGGUCUGAUGCACCGCGAUCUUAAGCCAUCGAACAUCUUUUUCUCCAUGGAAGGGGUAAUCAAGAUAGGCGACUUUGGCCUCGUGACCACCUCAGCCGAGAGGACAGAGGUAGCGCAGUUUGAGGGGGAUUACCGUUACCAAGAUCGCCACACGGACCAGGUUGGGACGCAACUCUAUAUGAGUCCAGAACAGAUUUCCAGCCAAACCUACAGCCAGAAGGUCGACAUCUACUCGCUUGGUCUGAUCUUCCUGGAGCUGUUCUACCCGUUCAGCACCCAGAUGGAGAGAAUCAUGGUCUUAUCCGACGCGAAAAAACUUAAGUUCCCAGAACGAUUCCAGAGGGAGCUGCCUGAAGAAUGCAAGUUCGUGGAACUACUUCUGUCAAAGGAACCAGACAAACGUCCGAGUGCUAAGGAGAUCCUUUGUCAUAAGAUGUUGGUCGACUUCCAACCCACUCCAAAACUACAGCGCUCUCGAACCCGGACAAUUUCAUCGUCAAGUGGAAGUGGGUCGGACAUAUCAGAUGACAGGAAUAAAAAAUAAACAAUGUGAUAGAAGUCUUUUUGGCUGAUUAUCAGUCUUAUUUAGGGAUUUGAAAUCUGUAAAAUGAGUUUUCUGUCUAUUUACCCUGUGGAAUCAGCUGCAAUCUCUUUGAGCAUCUCGGCCCUCUGUAUGUCGUGGCCAACCACCUCUCCGGGCAAAUCCGGCCUUAAACUGAAGACCAACAAACGAGGUUAUCGUCUGGACCAUAUAUCCAACUGGCAGCUUCCUCACUGUUGAGAGGUUAUUCCAGGGCUGAGUUGUUCAAAACCACGUUAGCUUUAACGGAGAAGUUAAGGCUUAACGUGAACAUUUCAGUGAGUUUAACUGAAGGCCGGGUCUAUUUGGCAAGCCGCUCGCCGAACAGGCAUCUUUUUUUGUCCUGUUUGGAGAGCUGCUUGCCAAACAGCACUAAAAAGCCACCCUGUUCGGCCAGCCGGGCUUGCCAAACAGGUAAAAAAUCUACCCUGUUUGGCGAGCUGGAGACUUUACUUUAAUAUUAAUGAGUUCGACUCUCCAUUCAGGACAAGAAAAAGUCGCUGUUUGGUAAGCCGGGCUUGCCAAGUAGUCACUUCCUUAACUGAAAGAGAUAACGUCCUUGAGGAUACUUAACGUAACCGUUAGGGAUAACGUGACUUUUGUGCUUUUGAACAACCGGGUCCAGGACACCCAAAGAGCUAUUUUAGGAUUCAAAACCGAGGUUGGAUCUCUGGUUUCAGCAUUCGAGCUGUUACAUUAGUGCGUACCUGGGAGAAAUUGAAGCUAAUAUUUCAAUUUAGCAGCUCAAAAGCGUGGGCAUAGUUGCAACAUUGGUUUAAAUGCCUGAUCAAGUCUCCUUGGCAAAGCCUCGCCAGAGUGAUGAAGCUGUCAGUUGUAUCAACGGUCCAUAAGUGGACUUUGUUUACAAUUCGAAGCUGGGUUUGCUCGGAGAGGAGGAUGGGCAUGACUAGGAGAGGUUGUAGAUACUCGGAGAGGUUGCAGCUGUUUCUAAAGGGUGAUUUUGACUGACACGUUUGUUGCAUUUUGACUGUCAAGACGUGAUUAUUUUAUUAUUUUGUAGGUGAAGGGACUUCAUAGCGAGAACCAGAACAACUUGAACUCAAAAUGAUGUUGAUGAGUUUUUUGCUGGUGAUUUGUUAAUAUGAAGACUGAUAAAACUUGUGUCUGUAAAAAUUUGAAAGUUUAAAUCCGGAGUAAUGCACAAGCGGGACAUUUUUGAAGUCGUAUUCCAAACUGUGACCCACUUUCACGGCUUGGGAACAAGUCUAUGUAAUUUCCCAUUAGCCGGUUAAUCAGCAUCCUGAGGAAACAGGGGGUUAAUGUUUGCUCCGCCGACCCUGCAGUGUUCCAAAUGUGGAUUUUUUUUGUCAAUUUUGACUUCAAAUAAAAACUAUGUGGACCGCUCUUGACGCCAUCUUGAGUUUAAGUCAUUCAUUGUUCUCGUGAAGACCCUUAACGAGCCUACUAUGAUAUCUUGGUAAUGAGGAUCAAGCUACUUCCAUAUUUCCAGUCAGAUCGAGGUGGGCUGCAAUUGAAACUAUUCAUGGUCUCCUGUCCUUUAUGACAGUGGCCAAUUUAUAUUCAGUUGUAAUUUCACUGCAUUGUCAUCAGUUUUUGCAAAUGACAUGGAAUAAUAGCAGGCAUAGUGAAAUCUUAUCACUGAUAGAGCUAUUUUAGUUGAAAAAAUUGUACUCUAAAAUGUAUUUCAAGGUGAAACUGUAAAUAACGUUUAUUUUCUAUGAAUUCUUACCUUGUAAGUAAAUGUUAAUGCUUGGGUGUCUUUACUUCAUGUAUGUGAGUGCAUUGAGAUGAAUUGGUUCUAUCAGGGAUAUGACAGUACCCAGAGCAAAAAAAAUGGACAAAAACCUUCAUGUGAAAAUGCUGUCCUAGGAAAUGCCGGAACUUGCAAAGUAUGCCUCUCAAAUGGUUAUGGAUUACAUGUAGGUUGAUUUGCAAAAUUAAGAGGCCUGCAAAACUUUUCCGGGUUAUAUUAACUUAGUAACCAAACUCUUAGAGAAAACACCCAGCAGUAUAUUUGUUGGUGAUGUAGAGUGGCAGUCCAAGUUUGUGAACUUGCGGGGAGUUGUGUGAGGAACAGAAAUGUUGGGAUCAGUUUGACCAAAUUCUUAGGGUUCCACAAAUAUUUUAAAGAUACUAUUGCUAUGUUGAAGGAAUCAAGGCAACGCUGGCGGUCUUGGUUGUCUCUCUGCUCAGUCUGUUUCGUUUAAUACUAGAGGGGUUGAGAGCAGCGACUUAUCAAGGAUCCUUACCGAAUACGAAUAUGGAUAAAAUUUCGUAAAACGAGGACAAUUUUUUUGUACAUUUCUAUCCUGAUACGUAUAAGGUUGAUAAGUCCGUGAUCAAAACCUCCCUACUGUCUCCCAGUGAGGGGCUAUAUGUUGUCCUUCCUCAGUUUGAGUUGUACAAUCACAAUAAACAUAAUUAUAAUCAAUGAUUUAUGGUCGGAUGAAAACUACAUGUUUUGU